UUGGGCGACGCCGACACCAGUGCGAAUGGUUGAGCAAACUGUCCUGGAGCUGCCAUUGUGAUAAUUUCAAAAAGCUCUUGAUAGAAUGAUCAAACUGGAACCACCGUCGGAGAACCACGGCGCCUAUUACAACUUUCGUUGCGGUGAGGUUGUCUGUAUUGGUCCAGCCACCUACAAUGUUUGCUGUGCACUAUGUGGACAGAAGAUUACCUAUGAAAGCUUUCCCCAACACUUCCGGCUGGAACAUCUGUCGCAGUCUGAGGAGGACUGUAAGCUGAUCGAGCCACAGGCCGUGAACGAGCCCAUAAAUACAGACGAGCAGCAGACGAUAAAGGUUGAGGACGAUCCCAUUGCACACGAGACGUAUGAAGCCAAUGAAAUAGCUGACCUGGCGCGCAUAGCGCAGCUGGAUGGGCAGCUCGAAGUUGGUAAAACUAUGACACGCCGACGACGUGCCGCCGCUUUAAAAAACACGCUGGUUAGGCAACAGUCGGAAGAAGACCAACCUGACGAAGCCUUUGAGGUAGAGCAGGCAGAGUUAGCAACGGACGUGGAUUGGGAGGACAGCGAAGGAAGUACGCACGCCCUGAUGCACCACUUUAAAGACGGCGAUGAGUCCAGUGCCGACGAGGCGGAUAUGGUUAAGGAUAUGCUUUUCCCCUGCGAUGAAUGCGAUCGUGCAUACAGCAGCAAGCGUAGUCUGCAGAGCCACAAACGCAGCAAACACUCAAACAAACAGAAUCCAAACGUUGCGUUAGAUGAUAAAUGCACAACCCCAAGUCGAGCGAGACGCAAGCCAAAGGGUCCGGCUAAGGUUCAUAAGUGUAACGAAUGCGACCAAACGUUUCGCACAGAGCGUGAUCUGCGCGGCCAUCGCUGGAAGCACACGGGUAUCUUUUGCGACAUCUGCGGCAAGCCCUUUAGCCAAUCCGGCAACAUGACGCGACACCGUCAGCGCCACAGUGGCAUUAAGCCGUACAAGUGUCAAGAAUGCGAUGCCACGUUCUAUACGCAGAAAGAGCUCACCUCGCAUAACAUUUGCCACACGGGUCGCAUGCCAUGCAUCUGCGAGGUGUGUGGACGGCCGUGUCGAGACCGGGGUGUCCUCACCGCUCACAUGCGUCGUCACACCGGAGAACGGCCGGCCAAGUGUGAUGUGUGCGGCAAGGCCUUCUACAGCUUUCACGACCUCAACGUGCACGCCGUAUCUCACACUAAUCUGCGCCCCUUCGUCUGCGACAUUUGUGGCUCAACAUUCCAGCGCAAGAAAGCUCUGCGUGUUCACAAGCUGUUACAUUCGGAGCAGCGCAAAUACGCUUGUAAACUGUGUAGUAAAACAUUCGCCCAGUCCGGCGGUCUGAACGCCCAUAUGCGUACACACGAGUCACCUAGGGUCAAAAUGAAGACGGCGUCGACGACUACAACGGCAACAGGAUCCCCAGCAUCCGCAGCCUCGGGCGAAGCAUCUGGACAGAAGGUAGCCGAUGAGCUGCUGGAUCAUCCAUUGACUUUAACGGUCGAGACAGAUGAUGAACUGCAGUCGAAGGACGAACUAGUGACCAUCAGCAUGGAUGUGGAGCCGGCUAGCUGGCAUGUGUAACAUGUAAAAACACCACCCACUACUCGUAUUAAUGGACUACAUUAAGCUUUAGAUAUAAGGUCGAGUGGCUUCUACUGUUUGGUUUAUUAUCGUGAUUAUUACAUGCCAAUGAUGAUGA